UGCCUCCCCUUCCCUAAUAUUGUUUCUUUACUCGGUGAUUUUGAUAGUUAUCCAGUCCUCCUUAUCUUUUUAAUAUUUGCAGAGCAGAAUAUAGCCAAGUAAUAGUUGAUCCUAUUACUACUUCCCUUCAUAAUAAUGUAUACACAAUCACUUUUCUCGUUGGCGCUUCUUGCCUCUGGUGUCACUGCCCAGAUGUCAUUAUCCCAAGCCAUCGCAGCUAACAAUGGAACUCUUUCUACUCUUUCCAGUAAGUUCUCUAAUAUCCAUUUAAUCCUACUGUAUUAACAUCUGCAGUGCUCCUUGGCCAACAACCCGCACUUGCGAGCGCUCUCUCCAACACCUCAUCGGGAAUUACAGUACUGGCACCAUCUAACGACGCCUUUGCUAAAUUUCUUGCGAUGCCUGCAAACAAGGCUGCAGUUGGGCAGAGCGAUAUGGUCGCUGCAGUUCUUCAAUAUCAUGUCUUGAAUGGUACAUUCCCAGCCAGCAAAUUCACAAAGGAGGCACAGUUCGUACCGACGCUUUUGACAAAUAUGAGCUACACACAAGUUACCGGCGGACAAGUUGUACAGGUGGCUUUGAGUGGUUCAAAUGCCGUUAUUACGACUGGGUUGAAAGAGACAAGCACUACAACACAGACUGUAAGCGACUUUCCAAUCCUGUCUAUCCUUAAAAUGUGCUGUCGGGUCAAACCUAACAUAGGCAUUAGGAUAUUAUGUUCAAUGGUGGUGUGAUGCAUAUCAUCGAUACGGUCCUCACCAUUCCUCUUUCUCCAGCCAUGUCAGCUAUCGACUCGAACCUUUUGUCUCUUGCAGGUGCCCUCACAAAAGCAUCCUUAGUAGACCCCGUCAACUCCCUCAACGACGUUACUAUUUUUGCUCCCUCCAAUGAUGCGUUUGAGAAAAUAGGAGACACAGCUGCCGCUCUUGCCACCGAACAACUAAGUCAAAUUCUCGAAUACCAUGUUCUCAACGGUACUGUAUGUAGACCCCCUUCUUGCACAAUUCCAAGAUUCAUACUAAUUCACCGCAGGUGGGUUACUCCACCCUUCUCACCACUGGUCUAGCCAACGAAUCUUUCCCUACCCUCAUGGGCGAAUCUCUUACCGUCACCUCGGAAAACUCCAAAGUAUUUAUCAACAGUGCCCAAGUAAUCACCACUGACAUUAUUGUUUCCAAUGGUGUCAUGCACGUGAUCGACAAUGUCCUCAACCCCUCCAAUGAAACCGUUGUUGAGAACCCUACUGCCACUACUCAACCUGUCGCAUUUGAAGGGGCGACUAGUGCGGCUAGUCCGCCAUUCACCAGUGGGAUUAUGGCGACGACUACAGCACCUAGUGCUGCUAUGGAUACGAAUGUCAAGACAGGGGCUGGAGACAAAAUGUUGAAUGGAGAACGCUUGGGAGGUGCGGUAGCCGCGGUAGUGGGGGCAGCUAUGAUGAUUUUGUAGUUGGAUGGUGAUGGUGAAAGGUUUACGGAUGGAGGAUAGGAUAUGAUGAUGUGUUUCUUUACAGUUUUAU